UCAGAAUAUUUUCAACCCGCCAUACCUCUUCUUGAAAAUUUGUGUUAUAAAAGGACAUUGUUAGUCUGAUUCUAUCUUCCAUCCUUCCUAGUCGAAAAUCAUGUCUACCGUGAAGUUUCUCGAUUUUCAGUAUGGUAGAAGCAAGUUCUCAAAGAACUCAAAGCGUUUAUUUUCCUUCAGCAACAAGCAGUACUCUAACAUCUUACCGGUCUUCCUGCCAAGCACGGAUGAAAUGCGUCAGGUGUUUGAUAGAUUUGACAAAAACAAAGAUGGGAAGAUAUCGCAAGAAGAGUACAAGGCAAUACUCCGAGCCAUGGGGAAGGAUGAAAGUGCGGUGAGUGAAGUCAGUAAGAUAUUUCAAGUAGCUGACUCCAACAAAGAUGGGUACAUUGACUUCAAAGAGUUUAUGGCGUUGCACAAAGAUGGAGGCGGUGUAAGGACUAUGGACAUAAGGAAUGCGUUUCGUGUGUUUGAUUUGGAUGAAGAUGGGAAGAUAAGUGCGGAGGAGGUGCAUGAAAUGUUCAAGAGACUCGGAGAGAGAUGUACGCUCGCAGAUUGCAAAAAUAUGGUAAGAGCUGCAGACACAGAUGGGGAUGGUUUUAUAAAUAUGAAUGAGUUUAUAGUUAUGAUGACUCGUAAUAUGACUCGUUAUUAGACAAAUUCCAUGAUGACAUUGAAGAAUGUUUUCAAGUAUGUCCUCUUAAGCCUUCUAUAAUGUGAUGUCAUAUUGUGGAUGUAAAUCUACUUGGUUAAUGUUUUAGAAGAUCUAUUACUUUUACAUUUGUAUUUGAAUUCAAAAUGAAGAUGCUUUCAAUAUUCAAAAUGCAGAUAUUAUACU